AGCAAGUCCUACAGGUUACCUUGAUCGCCCAGCUCCCAGAACUUUCUUUGUUAGAGGGAAGACAUGUGCCUGGAAAUGACAGAAAGCAUCCCUCCUCGACGCCCCUCCUGAACACGGAACAACUUAGGAGGGACUGGCCGCGCGGCUGCCUCAGGAACCGCCACUAGUGGGACCACAGGUUGUGGCCGAGAGCGGUGCCAGGUCACGGGGCCGGGGCCGAGGAGGGCUCGUCGGGUGUGUGGCCGCCUGUGGACCUCGAUGCUCACUGGACCCGAGACCACACAGCCAGAACGAAUCCCCUCUCCCCCCGACCCAGUGCAACAGGGGCACCAGGCACCAGGUCGAGGAAAAACCCAGGGGGGGAUGAGGUGGGCAGUAGGGCCAUGCUUGUCCGUGCUCCGCGGGGCAGGGGCUCCUCGGGUGCAGGUGUGCUCAGCGGUGUGACGGCUUCAUGGGAAUCCACUGACUCCACGUGUGAGCCACGGGCUGCCCUCUGUACGCGGUGUCCCGAGAAGAGCGAGGGGCACACUUUUUGCACCUCAGUUCGGAGCGUGGUGCUCCCGCCUGCAUCCUGCCCCCAGAGGGUUGAAUUUUCAAUCACCCAGUGUCUCACUUGGCAUCAGACCUGCACUGAAUGACUCCCCGCUCCCCUGGCAGGAUUGAAGGCUCUUUUACUGCCAAAAUCCAUGCCAUUUAUGGAAUUUCCUAGUAACUUGAGGCCCCAUUGUAUGAAGUACACCCCUGGGUCCAGAGAAGUGAGUCCGGUUCGUGAAUGGCCUUCAGCUUACCCGGCCAGCGUCCUCCCAGGAGCCCUGGCUCUCAGGAGUCUUUGUGAUUUUUUCACGGGGUCUUGGGGAGGAAACGCCCGCCAACUGCUGGCAAAAUCCCGCAGUCUCAGGAGGCUCUGACACCCGAGGCUGCAAACGUGUGAGACAAAGAAACCAGCGGUUUGUGAGGGAGGCCCCAGCGCAGGGCAGACUUUUGGAAAAGGGUUUAAUUAGUAACAUCUUUAAAACAAUUAGAUAUUUGGGAGAAAGUGGAUUAACCCCAGCCACUGGGUGGGAAGACUGUACUGGGUCAUAAACCGUCUGCACCGGUGCGCGGGGGCGAGUUCUGACUCACCGGCCCGACCCCCAGCGUUCAGGGGUCUCUGUGGAGCUGCACGCAUGGGGAGGGACACAGCCCAGGGCGACGGCUCGCUGCGGGUCCCGGUAGGGACCACGUUUCCACGUGGCUGUUCCCGAGGCGCUGCACCCUGGUUGCGGGAAGGGGCCUGUGUCCCGGACGUGCCACAUCAAACGCACCAUCUGUUUCCUCUGGAUCGUGUGCCGGGCCAGCCUCUCUCGGAAGCCGGUGCGAAAAUGCAAGCGUGGACGGCGUCCGCUCCGGCUUGGGUGUCGUGUCGUGUCGGGAGCGCUCGUGGGAGGAGGGUGAACCAAGGCGUCAUGGUGUGGCCCUGUCACCCGGGCUCCGGGAAGGGCACCCAGGUGCUCCCCCCGCCCGCCCUGCGACCUUGAGCAUCUAGUAAGCGCCCGGAGCCCGGGGAGCCUCUGUGUCACAUGGCGUCAUCGGCACGGAGCUGCGUGCAGGGCUCUGCCACGCCCAGGGUGCCCGGCCGCCGCCCGCAGCACAGGCGUCCUGGGACGGUCCCGGGCGGCCUGCUGGGGGGCCUUGGCCGAGGGGCGGCUCAGCGUCUCUGUGUGGAAAGUGUUGCUCACCAAACAAAGCAGCGUUAGGGUUUCCUCUCCCGGAGCCGAGCUGCAGGAGUGACAGGGGGCGGAACUGCCGGUUUAUUUCAAGAGAGCGGGGCCGGCGUCCCCUGAGGCCCUCCUGCCACGUUGUUUGUUUGGACCUGAGGCUUCCUGAGCUUGGAAGGGGCUUUGGCUCUAGCGGCCCCCGAGGCUGGGAGCUCCGCCACCACUCCCCACCCCCAAGGAAGGAAACGCCCAGGACUUGCAAGUAGACAGCCGAGCCGAGCCUCGCCCACAGCGGAGCCCUUCCCUGACGAGUCCUGCGCCCUGCAGCCAGGCCCCCCGGUGCGCAGCUGCCCGAGUGGCCUGGCGGUGCCGGGCGGUGUGCGGACCGUGGCCUGGACGUGCACGGCAGACCCGAGGUCACCCGGGGCCUCGUCCCAGCGCAGCGCGCAGUGCGCAGCCCACGCCCGGCACCCCCGCUCCACGUCCCGGCGUCGGCUCGGCUUUCGAGUGAGCGUCCCCGACGGAGCCCUGCGGGGCAGCCCUCGAGUGAGCCCGUCCUGAAGACCUGCUGCCGCCGCCGCCGCCGCCGCCGCCGCUGUGUCCCCGGUGGGGAGACGACACGAUGGCCGAGAGGGGCGCGUCCCGGGGCCCCCCCGGGCGCUGGCUCUGCCCGCUUCCCCUGCUGCAGUGCUGGAGGCGUCGGGCGGCCUCGCGGUGCCCACAGCCCGAUGAAAUCAUGCACCACGACAUCAGCCCGCUCUGUGCUGCCGACAUCCAGGACCAGCUGCAGAAGCGCUUUGCGUACCUGUCUGGUGGGCGGGGGCAGGACGGCAGCCCCGUCAUCACCUUCCCCGACUACCCGGCCUUCGGCGACGUCCCCGACAAGGAGUUCCAGAAUGUCAUGACCUAUCUCACCAGCAUCCCCAGCCUGCAGGAUGCUGGCAUCGGGUUCAUCCUGGUCAUAGACCGCAGGCAGGACAAAUGGACCUCGGUCAAGGCGUCCAUCCUGAGAAUAGCGGCAUCCUUCCCAGCAAACCUCCAGCUUGUCCUCGUCCUGCGCCCAACGGGAUUUUUCCAAAGGACGCUCUCUGACCUCGCCUUCAGGUUCAACAGAGAUGACUUUAAGAUGAAGGUACCGGUCAUAAUGCUGAGCUCCGUCCCGGAAUUACACAGCUACAUUGACAAGUCCCAGCUGACCGAGGACCUGGGCGGGACCCUGGAUUACUGCCACUCCAGGUGGCUCUGCCACCGCACAGCGAUAGAGAGCUUCGCCCUCCUGGUUAAGCAGACGGCUCAGAUGCUGCAGGCCUUCGGGACCGAGCUGGCCGAGACGGAGCUGCCCAACGACGUACAGUCCACGAGCUCCGUGCUCCGUGCCCACACGGAGAAGAAGGACAGGGCCAAGGAAGACAUGAGGCUGGCGCUGGACGAGGGGCGGAGCGUCCUGGAGAGCAUCCGGGAGCCGCUGGCCCGGGGCCCGGAGCAGAGCCCGAACCAGGACCAGCUGGACAGUCAGAGCACCGUGCAGAGGCUCCUGGCCCAGCUGAGUGAAACCGAGGCCGCCUUCGAUGAGUUUUGGGCAAAGCAUCAGCGAAAACUGGAGCAGUGCCUGCAGCUCCGGCACUUCGAGCAGGACUUCCGAGAGGUCAAAGCCGCCUUGGACGUGUUGGCCCAGAAGAUCGCGACCUUCACCGACGUGGGGAACAGCCUGGCGCAUGUGCAGCACCUCCUGAAGGACCUCGCCAGCUUUGAGGAGAAGUCCAGUGCGGUCACGCAGCGGGCCCGCACCCUGGCCCUGGAGGGUGAGCGGCUCAUCGAGCUGAAGCACUACGCCGUGGACUCCAUCCGCCCCAAGUGCCACGAGCUCCGCCAGCUGUGUGACCAGUUUGCAGCUGACGUCGGGCGGAGGAGAGGGCUGCUGGGCAGGGCGCUGGAUCUGCACGGCCUCCUCGAGGCGUCCAUGAAGUGGUGUGACGAGGGCAUCUACCUGCUGGCCUCGCAGCCGGUGGACAAGUGCCAGGCCCAGGACGGCGCCGAGGCGGCCCUCCAGGAGGUCGAGAAGUUUCUGGAGACGCGUGCGGAAAACAAGAUCCAGGAGCUCAGUAAAAUCUACCAGGACUACGAACCCAUCCUCACCCGAGACCUGCUGGAGCACGUGCAGAAGGUCUUCCGGAAGCAGGAGAGUGUGGAGGAGAUGUUUCACCGGAGACAGGCGAGCCUCAAGAAGCUGGCCGCCAAGCAGACGCGGCCCGUGCAGCCGGUGGCCCCCCGGCCAGAGGCGCCCGCGAAGUCGCCCUGCCCCUCCCCGGGCAUCCGGAGAGGCUCUGAGAUCCACAGUUCUGAGGGCAGCGUGCUCCGGAGGGGGCCCUACAGGAGGGCCAGGAGUGAAGUGAGCGAGGGCCGGCAGGGCCGCGGCCGCUCCACCGGGGACGAGGAGAGCCUGGCCGUCCUGCGGAGGCACGUGAUGAACGAGCUUCUGGACACGGAGCGGGUCUACGUGGAGGAGCUGCUGUGCAUCCUGGAGGGCUACGCUGCUGAGAUGGACAACCCUUUAAUGACACAUCUCAUCUCGACGGGACUUCAGAACAAGAAGGAUGUUCUGUUUGGAAACAUGGAAGAAAUUUACCACUUUCAUAACAGAAUAUUCCUGAGGGAGCUGGAGAACUACAUAGACUGCCCAGAGCUGGUUGGAAGGUGUUUUCUAGAAAGGAUGGAGCAGUUCCAGGUCUACGAGAAGUACUGCCAGAACAAGCCGCGCUCCGAGAGCCUGUGGAGACAGUGCUCCGACUGCCCGUUCUUCCAGGAAUGCCAGAAGAAGCUGGACCACAAGCUGAGCCUCGACUCCUACCUGCUGAAGCCAGUCCAGAGGAUCACCAAGUACCAGCUGCUGCUCAAGGAGAUGCUGAAAUACAGCAAGAGCUGCGAGGGGGCCGAGGACCUGCAGGAGGCCCUGAGCUCCAUCCUGGGCAUCCUCAAGGCUGUGAACGACUCCAUGCACCUGAUCGCCAUCACGGGCUAUGAGGGGAACCUGAGCGACCUGGGGAAGCUGCUGAUGCAGGGCUCCUUCAGCGUCUGGACGGACCACAAGAAGGGCCACACCAAGGUGAAGGACCUGGCCAGGUUCAAGCCCAUGCAGCGCCACCUGUUCCUGCAUGAGAAGGCCGUGCUCUUCUGUAAGAAGCGGGAGGAGAACGGCGAGGGCUACGAGAAGGCCCCGUCCUACAGCUUCAAGCAGUCCCUGAACAUGACGGCCGUCGGCAUAACGGAGAACGUGAAAGGGGACGCGAAGAAAUUCGAGAUCUGGUACAACGCCAGAGAGGAGGUGUACAUCGUCCAGGCACCAACUCCUGAAAUCAAGGCCGCCUGGGUGAGCGAGAUCCGGAAGGUGCUGACGAGCCAGCUGCAGGCGUGCAGAGAGGCCAGCCAGCACCGAGCCCUGGAGCAGUCCCACAGCCUGCCCCUGCCCGCGCCCGCCGGCACCAGUCCCUCUAAAGGGAACACAAAAGACGUCAGAAAGUUGGAAGAAAGAAAAACGGACCCGCUGACCCUGGAGGGAUACGUGGGCCCCGCGCCACUGCCGAGGCCCCCCGAGAAGGGCAGAGAUGACGCGGUCACUAGCUCUACUUCAGAAAGCUCUGCGCUUUCCAAAAAGCGCUUCACCCUGCAGAGCUUUGCUGCCCUCAAAGGUCAGAAAGCCUCUCCUACCAGUCCCGACAAAAAAGCUAAGCGACACCAAGUAAAGAGCGACCCAACGCCUUUUGGUUUACGAGGUUGGAGCAAAACGUCUAACCCGCCAGAGGCUCCUGAGGACAACGACGGCUGGUCCAGCGCCGAGGAGCCGGUCAACUCCUCAGACGCAGAGGAGGAAGGGAGAGCGGGCCUCAGGAAGCUGGUCCCCGGGAAGUACACCGUCACGGGGCUGGACGAGAAGGGGGGCCCCGACGCGCUGGUCCUGAGGAGCGGGGACGAGGUGGAGCUGGUGCAGGAGGGCGACGAGGGCCUCUGGUUCGUGCGGAACGUGAGCUCCGGCGGCGAGGGCUGGCUGCCAGCCCGCAACCUGUCCGCGCUCCUCGGCCAGCGCGGCGCCCCCGGGUGCCUGAGCAGCCCAGAGUCCAGCGCGGGAUCCGCCCUGCUGAGCGCCUCGUCCAGCUGCAGCGAGAGCUGCGCGGCCGCCCUCGCGGACCUGCAGGGGUAGCGCCGCGGCCACCCCGCCUGCGGCCCUGGGAGCUGGCCUCUGCUCGGGCCGGCGUGGCGUGGGGAGGGGCCGGCGCCCACAGAACCGCCCACGGAACCCCGGAGCCGCCGCGGCCCCAGACGAAGGUUCGGGAAGAGUCCGCCCUGCGGCCUCGGCGCCGGGACCGCGCGCGCGCGCGCCCCAGGUCGCAGGAAGAGCGCGGCACCGCGGCUUCCUCGGGGAGUCGGACGGACGGGGCUGCAGACGACAGACCUCUGGUGCAGAAGGGCUCCCGGGACUCCCCUUCGGCCUCGGCCGCAGCCGCUCCCCUUUGGUUUCCGACGUUUCUGGUCCGGUGCUUUCUGCAGGAACACGCGUUCUGUGGAGCUGCUUCCAAAAGAAGUGACCGAUUCACUGACCCAGCGGCUUGGUGCGGGGGCAGGAGGCUCGUUUGUCUUAUACACAUUUUUUUUUAAAGCAAGGAUUAAUUCUACGGCCAUCUUUUUGGUGAUACUUUGGCCUCUGAUCUUUACCAAGAAUCACUGUGUUUACGUGAAAUGACAAUUUCAUACUGUAUUUGAUAUAAAACUAUUUUUUGUUACUGGGGUUUACAUGGCGCUGAAUGAUUUGGGGGACGCGCUCUCGUGGAAACAGCCCACCUGGUCACAGGGGAGUGGAAGGACAUCCCUCGGUAGAAUCAGGCAGCGUUUCUACAAACACAGGCAGUUAGAAACCAAGGAAAUUCCUUCACCUGUGUAGGUUAGUUUCCAAACGAAAAUGUGAACUAUAAUUUGAAAUAUUAACCUUCUUUUCUACAGAAAAACACGGGGGACUCGAUUUUUUAACUCUUCACUGAAUUAGGGUAUUUUUAUUAUUUUUAAAGACUGUGUAAAGAUGCAGUUUUUGCAGGUGUCACCUGAACCGAUGCUGUCACAGGAGCCCAGGGAAAACCUGAGCUCCCGGCCCCCCCCCCCCCCCCCCCCCCCGCCUGGCAUGUCCUGUGUGGAGCUGUCCUGAGCACAGCAGAGUUUAUCUUAUUCAAAUCAAGGCAGAA